AUGAGUGCGAGGCUCUUGUCAGCUAGGCUCAAGCCGUUGGCCCAGAAAGUAAACAUCUCAGCGGCGCGUCAUAUCCAUCACACCUCAGCCGGCGGACUUUUACGAUCGAAUACAGCUGUACGAGUAGCACGACGCAAGAUAUGGCCAGCAGGAUAUACUCAGUUCUCUAAUGCGGUAGUCGUUCGAAAUGCGUCCUUUGCUAGAAUACUACCGAAGCUCUUUCUGAAACUUGCACGAAUACCAGCUUUGUUUGCAGGAGCUACUAUUACUGGACUUGCAUAUGUGCAGUACCAGGCCACACAGGCCGGAAAUUAUGCAUUGGAUGUGUUUGGCAGGACAAAGGAUACAGUAACUGGAGUCGCUGGGGGGUUAUUUGGAGGGGCAAAAGAUAUCGCAGAUCAGACAUGGAAGGGGUGGGAGAACACAAAAGAGCAGGUGGAAUUGCCAGAUUGGAUGCAGAAGAUAUUACGAAUUCACGAGGACAUUGGCAAUGGGAAUCAAGGAGGAAGCCAGGGAGGUCCAGGUGGGGAGCCCCCAAAACAAGCGAGGAUGGGAGCUGCUGCUGCUGCUGGAGGAACGGCUGCUGCCUAUGGUUAUGAUCAAUCGGAAGAGGAAGACCCAAGAUCUGGGGAGGAGGUAGCGCGGGACGACCAAAUGAUGGUGUUGACGAAGAAAAUGAUUGAGAUCCGAAGUAUACUACAGACAGUGGGCCAGACGAAUGCGCUCAACCUACCAUCAAUUGUUGUUAUUGGGUCACAGUCUUCAGGAAAGAGUUCUGUUCUGGAGGCAAUCGUUGGGCAUGAGUUUCUACCGAAAGGAUCGAACAUGGUUACCAGGAGGCCAAUCGAGUUGACUCUCGUCAAUACACCGGAUGCUCACGCCGAAUACGGAGAAUUCCCAGCUCUAGGACUUGGAAAGAUUACCGAUUUUUCGCAUAUUCAGAGAACUUUGACGGAACUCAAUCUGGCAGUACCUGAUUCAGAAUGUGUCUCUGACGACCCAAUCCAACUUACGAUAUCAUCGCCAAACGUCCCGGAUUUAUCUUUAAUAGAUUUGCCUGGGUACAUCCAAGUAGUUGGACACGACCAACCUGCGGAGCUGAAACAGAAGAUUGCUGAUUUGUGUGACAAAUACAUUCAACCCCCAAACGUUAUUCUAGCUAUCUCAGCGGCAGACGUUGAUCUGGCCAACUCUACUGCACUUAGAGCCAGUAGAAGGGUUGACCCUCGAGGUGAGAGAACUAUUGGCGUUGUAACAAAGAUGGAUCUAGUUGAUGCCACUAGAGGUGCAGCAAUCUUGUCGGAUCGAAAAUACCCUCUUCGCCUUGGAUAUGUUGGUGUAGUCUCUCGAGUACCACAAUCCAGCUCAAGUCUUUUCAGAAAGGGCAGCGACAACAUCGCUUCUGCCAUUACCAAAAAUGAGAAUGCUUUCUUUUCAGCACACCCUCUUGAAUUUGGUCCCGAACGCGGAUUGGCAGUCGGAACCACUACUCUUCGUAAGAAGCUGAUGCAGGUUUUGGAGCAGACCAUGGCCGCUAGUCUGGCCAGCACUAGAGACGCAAUUCAUCAAGAGCUCGAAGAGGCCACCUACGAAUUCAAGGUCCAAUACAACGACCGACCACUUUCAGCAGAAUCAUAUCUUGCGGAAAGUCUUGAUGGAUUCAAGCAUUCAUUCAAGGAGUUCACGGAAACAUUCGGUCGUCCUCAAGUCCGUGAAAUGCUGAAAGAGGAACUAGACCAACGUGUUUUGGAUCUACUAGCAGCGAAAUACUGGAAUAAACCAAUUUUGAACCUGGCGCAAGCACCAAUGGAGCCAGACGCGCUUGCUGAUCUGCCGAAAGCCGAUCCAGAAUCACUAUACUGGAACAGAAAACUUGAUGCUUCAACCUCUGCCCUGACAAAGCUGGGUAUUGGUCGUUUAGCCACGACCGUCGUCGCAAAUGCAAUUCAAGCAAAUAUUGACCGCCUGAUUAGUCAAAGCACAUUUGCCUCACAUCCAUUCGCUCGACAAGCCAUCACCGAGGCCGCCUCUGGGAUUCUCAACGAGCGCUUCUAUAGUACCAGUGAUCAAGUUGAGAACUGUAUCAAGCCUUACAAAUUCGAGAUCGAUGUUGAAGACGGAGAGUGGGCACGAGGAAGAGAACACUCCGCCGGUGUGCUCAAGAAUGAGCUAAGAGCCGUUGAAGACGCAGUCAAAGAUGUGGAAAAACUUGUCGGCGGAAAGAGAAAACUUAAAGAUGUGAUGAGCUUCGUAGAAAAAGCCCGAAGAGGAGAAGUCGUAGUCGGCGAUGACGGCGCCACCGGCGCUGGAGGUUUCAGCUCUGAUCUCCUUAACAGAGGCAAAGAAGCACUCUUCCUAACCACCCGCGCUUCCCUCCUCAAACUCCGUCUCUCCGCCCUCAAAUCCCCCCAAUGUGCCUCAAAAACAAAUAAAUACCACUGUCCCGAGAUCUUCCUCGACGUCGUCUCCACCAAACUCGUUUCCACCGCGGUCUUGUUCCUGAACGUCGAACUCUUGUCUGAAUUCGUCUAUCAGUUCCCACGCGAGCUGGAUGCGAGGUUAGGAAGGGGACUGAGCAAAGAGGAAGUAGAACGCUUUGCGCGCGAGGAUCCGAGGGUGCGCGCGCAUUUGGAUGUCAUUCGCCGGAAAGAAUUGCUUGAGUUGGUAUUGGAGAAGAUGGAGGGAGUGCGGGAUUUGGAGAGGAGGGAGGGGGAGAGGGAACGGGAGAGGUUGAAGAAGAGUAGAAGGAGGGAAGGGGAGGGGGAAGAUAAAGGACGAUGGGGGUUUUUGAAACGGUAG